CUGGACUCGGACGAUGCAUCACAACAAAGCGCUUUUCACGGACCACCUGCGCACAUUGCCGCUCGCUUCUACCGCAGUCAGAGACGUAAGAGUUCUGCUGCUUCGUCGCGAAGAAACUCGUUGUCUUCCGCGCAAUCGCAUACCUCUGGACGCUCGUCGCGCCGGAACUCAUACGGAGGAUGCCAGUCCACCUAUAUCGCCCAGCAUCUUCGCCGCGCCUCCAUAAUUGAGUCGCGAAAGGCUCGCCUAGCAGAUCGAGCUGCACAUGCCGAGCAGGUGCGAUUGCGCGCUGCUCUUGCCAAAGCUGCGCCACGAGGCAGCACCACAAGUAGUGAGGAACGCGCGCUUGCUGCUCAGGUCGCCAAGGAGAAGUACUUGGCAAAGGUCGCGGCAGCAUGUGCGGAAGAAGUUGCGCGCGCAAAGCGCAUCGCGGAGCAGGUCAAGGAGCGGAAGCUGGCUGAGGAGACGCGUGUGCGCAUGGAGAUGGAAGAGCGCCAUGCCGAAGCCGAGAAGAGACGAGCUGAGUAUCAACGGAACUUGCAAGCACGCAGGGCGAGACGUGCGGACAGUGCUGAGAAGAAGUUGGCCGUACUGGAGGAGGAUGUCAAGCUUCUGGACGAGAGUGCUGCUGCUCAGCGUAUACAGCAUGCCUGGCGUCUUCAUAUGCGCAGCAAGCCAGUGCGAGCCUUCAGACAGUGCUACGUGAUUGCCGACCGCUUCCGGAAUUCGACAUUUGAGGAAAUGACUGCCUUCGUUGCCGAUACGCCAGUCAUCGAUGCCACCACUGCCAUACUGACGCACCUCGGGCUACAAGAUGAGAACGAUGCUAACGCUGCCUUGAACACCAGGACUUUCCUCAGCGCCUACAUGAUAAUUGGACACCCAACUUCGGUACUGAUCAACAAGACUGGAGCACAGGAAUCAGACUUGAUCACGAAAGCAUCAGAACUUGUUGGCCAAUUCGAAGCUUCAGUUGCGCGACUCGCUCGCUGGAACAAUUAUACUGCGAAUCCCAUCCAACUUGAGGCUCUUUCUCAGCUGUACACUGCAUACACUUCAGCUUUUGCUGCAUGGCGCCUGCAGGACUCCAGUGUCCUCAUCGAGGGCAUGGUUGCGUCUUUCGUGGAGCUGGAUGCAAUUUGGCAGACCGUCAAGGACGAUAGUCGUGGCGAGGUCGCUACUGAUUACCGCGAAGGCAUUCGCGACAACCAGGUCAUGCUCCUGAGCAGAAUCCGCAAGCUCGCCGGGCCGGAAAGGGCAGAUCGAUUGAUCAAGAAGGCAAUAAGUGAAAGUCGAAGGCGUAGACCGAAACGGCGACCAGCUGCAGAAGUAAGGCCUCGCGGUGUAGAAGCAAUCACUCCUGAAGCGGCCGCUUCGUCUGAACAGGCUGUGGAGGAGGCUGCUCUUCCUACUACAGCCCUUGGAUCAGGCGAGCUCAACAAGCUUUUCACGAGCAUGCCUAGCAAUCGCGUUCUGACACACGAGCUUGCGAUUGACAAAGAUUUCAAGCUCGCAGACAAGCACAGCGAGCUUCGAGAUCAUCUCUAUCGCAGCAUCUGCGAAAGCAUGAAGGCUGGCUUCGAAGCGGGCAACAGUGCUCUAUGGACCGUUUCUGCAGCAGAAAAUGUUCGUGAAAAGUUAUUACGAAUGCUGAAACCUGGAAACAGCAUGCAUACGAUGAUAUCUGAGGCCUUGGACCUGGAAAACAUUAAUCGACAGUGUCAACAAGGCGUGUUUUCUUAUUCCGGCUUCUUCAGCUUCAUGGCCAAUGUGCUGCCGAAGCUUUGUGCACCAUUCCGGGACCAGGAAGUAAAGAUUCUGGCUGAACAGCUGCGUUCAGAAGAGAAUGGCGAUGAGCUGAGUAUCAUGAUCGAGAAGCUAUUCAAACUUUUGCGCAUGGUGGAUUUGUUGAGCCUGGACUACACCAACUUCAUGAUUAUGAAUGCGGCACCAACAUUGAUCAAGGAAGCGGCCGGGUACGAGCAGCGGCAGUUUGGCAAGGAUCUUGAGGCGCAUGCCAUCACCCUGACCCAGACAAGGCGGUGGUGGCAGUCGGCCCAGGCUACGUUGAGCGCGGAAGCUGAUCGAAGGGACCCAGAUGGGAUCAGAAAUCCAGCAGAUCGACCAUCGCCACAAGCCAUCUACACGCAUGCGCUUGUUGAGUCAACAGUAUCUCAAGCUGAGAUUGAUGCCACUCUGCUGCCAGAGACUCUGCAUCUGGAUCUUGAGCGCCUGCGCAAGAUUCGCGCCAAGGCCAUCAGAAUUGCAGUCAUUGGCGCUGUAUUCCUGACUACCAAGAAUCUGCUUAAGCGUGACACCAGAAGUCAAUGGAAGGUUCAGGCCAAUCGACUGUGGACUUUGCUGAGCAAUGAGCCCUAUGAGACGACCGAGGAUCCCAAUACGGCACAGAAAGCCUUCUCCGUCCUCGAGACAGCGCAUAACAUGCCUGAUACGACCAAGCAGGCCGUGGCGAGCACGAUUCGCCGUUUCUUCGCACAAGCAGCACAAGUCAGCGCUGGUCGAGCCAACUUCACAGACCCAGUCCUGAAAGUCCUCUUCCAACGACUCAAGUCCCACAUCAUGAGUCGUCUCAUGGCGGAGACUUCAGCAGACAGAGUGCGCGCCGCAUCCUCAGCUUCUGAGAAACUGGCUUCGAGCGGUAUGGCCGAGUUUGUGCCGCAUGUUGCCACCAUUGUUGAUAUUUUAGAACGGGUGAGGAAGGUUGAUUGGGAAGGGCAUGGAACAUGGUAUGAGAGAAUUUCACAGGAG